GAGACGCAGCAGGUAGACCCUGCCUCACAGUUUUGCUUUUCCGGUGAACUUUCCGCCAUUGCGCUUCUGUCACUAUUUAACACUUGAUACUUUUUGAAAAAUUUGGAAAUAUUGCCUUUAUGGUACAUCAAAAUGGAUUUACCAUGCAAACGUUUUGCAAAGUUAAUAUCUGUUUCAACGUUCAUAGUCGUUUGUGUGGCCAUGUUUGCGGCAUCACACGCGUCGGUCCUUGAAUAUCGAGAUACAAACUUUCAUUUCAAUCGGGAAAAACGCCAAGCUGAUACAACUGAGGAAUAUGAAAGUGACCAAUAUCAAGAAGAAACAGGAGAUGAAGUUGAGUAUGAAAAAUCUGAGGGGGAUGAAACUGAAGAUUUAAAUGAGGAAGAGAACUAUGAAGGAUAUGAUGAUGAAGACAAUGAAGUCGGAAACCCGGAAUCUUGGAUCAAGAUAUUGAACAUUACCAUGUUCUGCGAUAGUGAAAACGAAAAUUCCGAGCCAGCUAUGCAAACUGCUGGCCAAAAUCCAAUAUAUUUUGGAUUUUUGCCUUCAUGUGACGAUUUUGUUCGACCAAAUCAAGACAGGUUAUUUAUCCCGUUCAAAAAUGGAAAGCAGAAGCUUCCGCCACCACCACCUAGCGCAAGUAUUGAUGCAUGGUACGAUUUCUUAAAUCAACAAGGCAACAUCGGAAGUGACUUGUCAAAUAUUCUGGAUAUGAUCUACAGAAUCCAAUACAAUGGAGCUUUUAACAAAAACCCCAACGCUUUUGCUGAAAACGGCGAUAAAAUAAGUCAACUACGAUCAGUGCUGAGCUUUGCUUUACUUGACUCUCAUUUCUCAACAACAACAGAAACGCCCAGUACAUACACUACUCCUGCUUCGAACGGCAAUGAAGGAGCAUGGGGUGUUCCUGAUUAUGAGCCGACGACAACUGUUGACUAUAACGGCAUAUUUUUGAACAGACUCGCGUUAGAUCUAGGUCUCUUGUGAUCUGCUAAAUAAUUGAACACACAUGAAAAUUAGGAUAAAAAGGUUUGCCGAUAUUUUAAAAAUGAUUUUUUGAGCAAAUAUAUGUUUGGAAGAUGAUUCGAUCAGAGGUAAAGAAUAACUUGAUAAUUUGUGUAUGCAAAUAAAACAUUUCUGAA